AUGGACACGACAGCUAUUACAGAUGCACAGGCAGUACAAAAUCCGAUGAUGAUGGGCGCAAUGCCAUCCAGCAACGUGCCGAGAACAGCCCGUCACAGACAUGAAAAAGCUCAUCUGAUGAAGCGGAUGGAUCGAAAGAGCGGGAAAUGGACAAUGAACCAUCCACGAUACAGACUACUCGAAGCACUUUGGGCAUACACUCGAUACCGCGAGCGACAUAUGGCCGAGCUUGAUCGAUGGCGAACCUUGUACAAGAGCACACUAGAAAAUACUAUUGGGUACAAGAAAAAGCUAGAUGAGAUUGAAGGAUUGAUUCUUGCCAACGCAGCCAUUUGUAAGGACAUGGUCCAGCAUGCUAUGCAGUUCUACAACAUCGAGCAGAAAGAGCUCGAUGAUCACAUGACAUUAGCAGAGAAAGACGGACGUCAAGCAGAUAAGUUUGCUACGUCCCAAACGCUAAAACACUAUGUGCGUGACUGGGCAGACGAGGGUUCGAAGGAAAGAAACGAGGCGUUUCCAUGCAUCCUGAAUACUCUACAAAGUAUCAAAUCAGAACACCCCGACGACACCAACCUCACCGUCCUCCUCCCCGGCUCCGGACUCGGCCGCCUCGGCCACGACAUCGCCAACCUAGGCGGCUUCUCAGUAACCCUGAACGAAUGGUCCAUGUACAUGAACAUCGGCUACCGCUACAUCGACUCCCAACCCACCCCCAACACACUAACCUUCCACCCGUUUAUCGACGCCAUGUCCCACCACGCCACAAAAUCCGACAUGCUGCGCCCCAUCACCGCACCUAACAUGCCACCGCACCCCGACGUCUUGCUCGUCGAAGGCGACUUCACCACCGUCCUCUCCGACAAAGAAGGUACCUUUGACGUAAUCGUAACGCAUUUCUUCAUCGACACCGCGCGGAACCUCAUGGCGUAUUUCGACACUAUCCACCGCCUUUUGAAGCCGGGCGGGCAUUGGAUUAACUUUGGGCCGCUGCUGUAUGGCACGGGCCCUUUUGUGCAGUUGAGCUUAGAAGAGAUUGUGGAGAUUGUGGAGGCGAUGGGGUUUGUGUUUGAGGAUUUAGGAGAGGAGUGUGGGGGACUGACGUUUGAGGGGGGGAAGGUGAGGGGGAGGGAGGCAGAGUAUGGGUUUAAUGUUAGGGCGUUGACGCGGUAUGCAUAUUUUGCGCAGGUUUGGAGGGUGAGGAGGGUGUGA